AUGUCUUCUCCUCCUCCAUAUAGUGAGGUACAGGAGUCGGCCCGAGUUCGGGCUCGACCAACACAGCCUUUCCUCGCUGGUGAGGUCGUUGAUGACCUUUUCCCAUCCGAAGCUGCCAAUGGACCUACAGCGGCGGGGGCUGAGGACCCCCUGCAUGACAUGCAAGCCUCCACCGACGGCUCUGGGGACGACGAGAGCUUCAUGACUGCACCCACAAAUCUCCCUGCCACCGAAGAGCAGAAUGGCGACGACCGUUCCACAUUUCCGGGAAUGGGCCAUUCGCGAGCCGACAUUAUCAGCCUCCUCGAGCAUAUGCGGGAGGUCAACGAGCAUGAGGAUGCGGUGGCUGCAGGAAUCAUCCCUCCCGGCCGAGCCAGCCAUCCCAGCCGCGACCUUCGGCCAGAUGAGUUAGUGGCGAUGGCUGACGCUGAUCCUCAUCGGUAUGCCUGUCUUGUGGCAACGGAGAUCAAUAUGCCUAUACUCCCUGGACUCAUGCCCCCAGGCGAAGAGCAGAACGAGGUGCAGCAAAUGGCGGCAUGGAUUGCUCAGAUAACGAGCAUAGAAGGCAGACUCCCGGGCCUAGAUCUUCUUAGCUUCGACAGCAGUGAUCUCCCAUCCUACUCCCCAGCAGGGCAGUCUGGGUCUCAGGACAUAACCAUACGGGUGUUAGGUCGGGGAACCCAGCUCCCAGUCUAUUCCAGCGAUCAUGAUGAGAGCGAUGACCCUCAAUUCAUAGAUGCGGACCUGAGUUGUGAGCAGCAUGAUCCAGCUGUGGGCGAAGAUGGGGUUUAG